CGUCGCCCUCGGCGUCAGGACCGACGCCCCGCCUCCUCGCCACGGUUCCGGCAAUUGGUAUGGUCCGUGACGGUAUGGCUGCUGCACUUCGGCCUUCCUGUGGAGUUCUCCUGCAGGCCCUGCAGUUUUCGGCGUAUCCCGGGGUGGGAGGCUCCGGCUCUGCCUGCUACCGCUGCCCUCUCGGAGCUAAAAGAUACCUACUUACAGAUAACAUUGUGAAACUAAAAGAAUUUCAGCAUAAGAAAGUGGCUGUUGCGUGUAAUCUUCCUGGCACUAAAGAAACCUAUUUUAGAAACUUGGAAGAGAAACUCAUCCAGAACAAGCUCAUCUUGAAGGGGGAGUUGAUAACCUUACUUCAUUUGUGUGAGUCCCGGGACCAUGUGGAGCUGGCUAAAAAUGUCAUUUACAGGUACCAUGCAGAGAACAGAAAUAUCACUGUGGGGGAGUAUAAGUUCGGACCACUUUUCAUGAGGCUGUGUUACGAGUUGGAUCUUGAGGAAUCUGCAGUGGAGCUCAUGAAAGACCAGCAUUUGCAAGGUUUCUUCUCAGACUCCACAUCAUUCAACAUUUUGAUGGAUAUGUUAUUUAUCAAAGGCAAAUAUGAAAGUGCUUUGGAAGUAUUGAUAGAGAUGAAAAACCAAGAUGUGAAGUUCACCAUAGAUACCUAUGUUCUUGCUUUUGGAAUUUGCUACAAACUGAAUAGCCCUGAGUCUUUUAAAAUCUGUACUAUAUUAAGAGAAGAAGCCCUACUCAAAGGAGAAAUUCUCUCCAGGAGAGCAUCCUGUUUCGCUGUGGCAUUAGCUCUGAAUCAGAAUGAGGUGGCAAAAGCCAUGUCCAUUUUUUCUCAAAUCAUGGAUCCAGAAAGCAUAACCUGCACUAAUUUAAAUAUUAUACUCCAUAUCCAGUUAAAUAUGUUGGAAAACGUGAUAGAGAUACUAAAAAAUGCUACAGAAGGAAAUUUAUCAAAAUAUGUGAAGAGACAGGUGUUCUCAGAGGAAGUGCUGGCCAAAGUGAGGGAAAAAGUGAAGGAUGUGCCUGCCCUUGUGGCCAAAUUUGAUGAGCUCUAUGGGAAACUGCACGUCAGUGGCCAAGUCACCACUUAUUCUUUGGAUGCUGUGCUCUGCCACAUCCCCGGGGGCAGGAAGUCCCACAUGUUUCUAUUAAACAAGAGGAUGGUCAGCCGUCGCACCUUCCAGCCACUCGGCCAGUCCCUGUUGGCUGAGUAACCCUGGUUUCAGUCCAUCUAUGAAUCUGAAGGGCCUGCUUCUAGUGAGUUAUUGCCUUUCCUAAGAAGCCAGGCAUUGCACUUCAACAGACACAGUGCUGACACUUGGUCUCCUCCUGAAAUUCCCAAGUUCACUGAAUGGUGGCAUGCCAAUCUCUGAGAAUUUAUGUUGCACCACUGUGAAGGUCUAGAUGCAAGCUUAGCUCCCUCAGAAAGGCUCUUCCCUUGUGCACUGCUGAGGAUUCUUGAAGGAACAUGGUCAGUCUCUAGUCCAGCUUCCGGCACCAGAGUGGAACCCAGUAAGCACCAUCAGGAAUUAAUUUCACUACAAGUGUGGUCAACUCUGAUUUUCAAGGGAGUAGUUACUUGCAAAUUACAUCCUUGCUGAAUUCUACCAUGUUAGAAAACAGCCCAGGAUUUUCUCAUUGUUCUGCCAUCAUAUAUGUCUAUGACUUGAGCCCUCAUUUUUCCAUCUGCAAAACAAUAAUGCCUAUGUGUAUUUGCAUACAGAUUUGAAAUCUUCAAGUUUCAGUAGGAUCCGAUGUUCUCAAAAAUAAAUAAGGUUCAUAAGCAAACUUGAUGGGAUUGUGGUGGGUCUGUCUUCUCAGCAGCACAAACAAAACCAGAAUUUAGCCUUUAGAACUGCUAAGUAAGCUAAAUUUAAAUGAUUACUGUUUUGAUCAUGGGCAAGCCAUGUGCUUUUCAAAAUAAGUGCCACUAAAAGCCACAUAAUGCUUAGGUUACUAUGUGGAUAAUAAAUCGUCCUACAGUUUAUCUUAUAUGUUAAUGAUUUUUCUCUCUUGAAUGCGAUAUUUUUAAAAAUAUAGCAUGAGAGCAGUUCAAAGGUGCUUCAUACUUAUGAUGGUCUAAAAUACAGUAUGUGCUGAAUUUUA